AUGUUUAGAGCCGUGGUUUGGCGAGGCCACCGUUGCCAGAUUGUCUUGAAUCAAGCUGGCAAACAAAUACGUCCAAAUGAACUGGCACCUGGUUACAGUCUGGCCAGCUGCUAUGUAGGAUGUACAAGUAGGAACGCAAGGAUGACUUCCACACGUGCAUGGCCAUCAAGAGCCACCCCUCACCUGGACUCAAUCAAAGCUCGGGGGCUAUACAACAAUGAUGUCAUGAAACAUUUGAAGACUUACAGUAUUAAAGAACUCACAGUCACAAAUGAUGGGACGCUACUGAGAAUACUCUGGGAGGACGACCAUGUUUCACAGUUUCACGCCUCUUGGUUACGUCACAACUGUCAUUGUCCAGAAUGCCGGUUGGAUUACAAUGGGAUGAUUACUGUCAACUUUGAUACGCUCGAUCUGGAUCAGCUCAGAAUUACUGGGGCUUCAGUGGAAGGUGAGGAGGUGCUAACUGUCAGAUGGCAAGAUGGCGGCACGGUUCACGAAGGGCCUCUCCUGCUGGCCUGGCUGAGAGACAACUGCUACUCCGAGCAGGCGGACAAGGAUCGACGAUCCAGAAUCGCCGUGACAUUUUAUGACGAUAAAACUAUCCCGGAUGUCAGCUAUGAUGACAUUAUUGCAUCAGAACGGGGACUGUACAGGUGGCUGUCUCAUCUGAGUGAGCGCGGUAUUUGCCUGGUGACCAACGUUCCCAAACAGACAGGAAUGGUCCAGCAGGUGGCACAGCUGAUAGCACCUAUACAGCACACCAUCUAUGGCGAGACGUUCGAUGUGGUGUCCACACCUAGACCGGUCAACGCCGCAUACUCCCCAGUCAAGCUGGACCUCCACAUGGACCAGGUGCACUACGAAUCUCCACCUGGGCUUCAGUUUCUACACUGUGUCGAGUUUGACCCAGACAUCGUCGGAGGGGACAACACGUUCGCGGACAUACACGAGAUAGCCCACAAACUGAGGGAGGAAACUCCAGAGUUCUUUAACACUUUGUCCCGAGUUCCGGUGACCUUCCAGACGGUGCAUUAUUCCAGGGAAUAUCCGGUGCAUCUGCGAAUACAACGUCCGAUCAUUUCGCUCAAUCACCACAGUGAGAUUGUGUCUGUUUUCUGGCAUCCACUGCUUGUUGGACCCCUACAGGUCCACACAGAUGAUGUGGAGCCGUUCUACAAAGCCUACAAACAUCUCUACACGAUGAUCAACUCCUACAAGUCAAUAUACAAGAUACGUAUGGUUGCUGGUGAUUUAAUUAGCUUCAACAACAGAAGAGUUCUACACGGACGAGCCUCAUACUCUAACCAGAAGGGAACCAGGCACCUACAGGGAACGUAUGUGGAGAUCUCUGAAUUUCAGAGCAGACUCCAGGUCCUGCACAAUAAACUUGGAGAUGGUCGACCAGCCACCAGAUGUGGGAGUUUGGACUGGCAGUGA